AUCACACAGAUUAAUGGAGAAAAGGUGAAUGAAUGAAACAUUUCUGAAAUUCUUAAAAAUAUUGGACAAUAAGGGAAUUCAAUAAAUUAAAAGUCAAUAAAUAAAAAUAAGGGAUUUAAAUGAUUUCGCUAGUUGGGGGGGGGGGAGCGCACGUUGGUUUUGGUACAUGUGCCAUCCACCGGCCUUAUGGUUCUCCCUCUUCUCCCGGGCCGGUGUUGCUUCAUAAAAAUAAGUCCCACCGCUCACUGGCUUUCAAUUCAAGUCCUGCUUUACUCCGUGCUUUGUUCAUCUUUUUCCGACUUAAUUUAACACCGAGCUUAAACGAAGAUGCCUGCUUCUCCGGAUUACAAAGUCGCUGACAUAUCUUUGGCCGAAUUUGGUCGAAAGGAGUUGACAUUGGCUGAGAAUGAAAUGCCCGGUCUUAUGUCGCUCCGUAAAAAGUAUGGGCCUUCGAAACCUUUGAAAGGAGUCAACCUCGCUGGCUGCUUGCACAUGACGAUCCAGACUGGUGUCUUAAUCGAAACUCUCAUCGAGCUGGGCGCCGAGGUCAGGUGGUCGAGUUGUAAUAUUUUUAGCACCCAGGACCAUGCAGCGGCAGCCAUUGCGAAGCGCGGGAUCCCAGUUUUUGCUUGGAAAGGUGAGACCGACGAGGAAUACAUCUGGUGUAUUGAAAAGACUCUGAACGGUUUCCCAAAUGGCAAGCCAUUAAAUAUGAUACUGGACGAUGGUGGGGACCUAACAAAUCUUGUUCAUACCAAAUUCCCCGAGUAUUUGCCAGGGAUCAAGGGGCUUUCAGAAGAGACGACAACAGGUGUUCAUAACCUUUACAGAAUGAUGAAGGAAGGGAAGUUGAAAGUUCCCGCGAUAAACGUCAACGAUUCCGUCACCAAAAGCAAAUUCGACAAUUUGUACGGCUGCAGGGAGUCACUUAUAGAUGGAAUUAAACGUGCGACUGAUGUCAUGCUAGCGGGAAAAGUGUGUGUAGUUGCCGGUUAUGGUGACGUGGGCAAAGGCUGUGCUCAGUCUCUCAGGUCAUUUGGGGGAAGAGUUAUCGUCACAGAAAUUGAUCCUAUCAAUGCACUUCAAGCCGCAAUGGAAGGCUUUGAGGUGACAACGAUGGAAGAUGCUUGCAAACGAGGCCAAGUUUUUGUAACCGCUACGGGUUGCAAGGACGUUAUUACAGGCAAGCAUUUCCCAGAGAUGAAAGAUGAUUCUAUUGUCUGUAAUAUAGGACAUUUUGACUGUGAGAUUCAAGUCACUUGGUUGGAAAAAAAUUCAGUUGAAAAAAUUAACAUCAAACCUCAGGUUGAUAGGUAUACAUUAUCAAAUGGUCGCCAUAUUAUACUUUUAGCCGAGGGACGUCUUGUAAAUUUGGGCUGUGCUACAGGACACCCGUCUUUCGUUAUGAGUAAUUCAUUCACAAACCAAGUCCUUGCCCAGAUUGAACUCUGGACUAGAAACGAUCAAUACCCAGUCGGUGUUUAUACACUGCCAAAAAAGCUUGAUGAAGAAGUUGCCGCUUUGCAUUUGGAACAUCUCGGUGUGAAACUAACUCAACUGAACAAGGAACAAGCUGAAUAUUUGGGAGUGCACAACCAGGGCCCUUUCAAACCGGAGUACUACCGCUACUAACGACUUUGUAAGAUAAAUUUGUUUGACUUAAGAGAAUAAAAUGCAUUUUUAUAUCAAAUCUA